GACACAGAUCGGAAUUGCUUGCGACGGAAAGUUUGUUCAAAUGGGGCAAAAUGGCGAAUCCAAGGACGAUCAAGCAGUCAGGCAUCAGGAGGUUGGGCACAAAAGCCUUCUGCAAAGUGAUGCUCUCUACCAGUACAUUCUAGAAACCAGUGUUUAUCCAAGAGAGCCAGAGGCUAUGAAAGAGCUCAGAGAAAUUACCGCCGAGCAUCCAUGGAAUAUCAUGACUACAUCUGCGGAUGAGGGGCAGUUUCUUAACAUGCUUCUGAAGCUGAUUAACGCUAAGAAAACAAUGGAGAUUGGUGUAUACACAGGGUACUCGCUUUUGGCAACUGCCCUUGCUCUUCCGGAUAACGGAACAAUAUUGGCAAUGGAUAUCAAUAGAGAGAACUACGAGUUGGGACUUCCCGUCAUUAAAAAGGCCGGGGUUGCACACAAAAUUGAUUUCAGAGAAGGUCCUGCAUUGCCUCUUCUUGAUCACUUGUUGGAAGACAAGACGAAUCAUGGGACGUUUGACUUCAUAUUUGUGGACGCGGACAAGGACAACUACUUGAAUUACCACAAGAGGCUGCUGGACCUGGUGAAGAUCGGCGGCGUGAUCGGGUACGACAACACCCUGUGGAACGGGACGGUGGUGGCGCCGCCGGAUGCUCCGAUGAGGAAGUACCUGAGGUACUACAGGGACUUUGUGUUGGAGCUCAACAAGGCUCUUGCAGCCGAUCCCAGGAUCGAAAUUUGCCAGCUUCCUGUCGGCGAUGGGGUCACCCUUUGCCGUCGUCUCGCCUGACCGCUGUUGCUACGAAUUAUUACUACAUCGGAGUUUAAUUACCAAACAAGCAGUUUCGAUAUACUUUAUGCUGACUAAAACUUGUGGGUUGAAUUUGUGCAUGCUUUGAUACUUUACCGUCAUGGAAAUGAAAGAAAUAUGGCCAGAUGAUGAACAUUUAUUAUUUAUUAUGUACUUUCUUUUUUUGGUUUUUUGUAUUGAUGAUGGGUUUAUACGAUGAGAUUUUGAUUUUUUAAAA